CAUCCAGCGAGAAGUCAUAAUGGUGCGAAUAUGUGCAUUGUUAAUGAAGUUGCACUAAACCGUGCAUUUCCGAAACAGUUACCAAUUGUGCGGAAUAUGAAAAAUCGGGAUGGGAGACUGUGAAUGGUAUCUGUGUAUAAUGAUGUAGAUGUUUAUACGAUACAUGAGGUCAAUGGCCACAAACUCAGAAUGUUGGUAGUGCAGAGGCCGCUUGGUAAUUACAGUAAAAAUCAGUGGAAAUUCCAUUGUAUGUGGAAGUUAAAGUGUGAUACUGUUUCUACAAAAUUGUGAAAAAAGGAUGUGUUUCCUGGUACUGAUGUAGUUCAUGAUGUAUGACUCUUACGAUUUGUAUCAGUUUCUAGAUAUUUCGAAAAGUUAUCCUGAUGCGGCUUGUACUGUGUGUCAAUGUUUACAUUUUGGCAUGACACAAAAAUGUACCCCAAUAACCAUAGUGUGCUUUCAGUGACGUGGGAAAGAGCUAUUACAAUUGUACAUAUUUUGGAUACCACUAAGUUUAAAAAAAAAUUAAAACACAAAUAGAUUGUGUCAUUAGAUGUUGCUCAGAUUACAGUGAAAUUGUGGUGUGCCUGAUGGUGACUAGUAGAUUACACCAUUGUUACCAGCUGCAUUGCAGGGGUAAUAUCUACCAAAAGGAAUGGAGACAGAGUCCGUAAAGUCAGCUCUGAGUGAACAGAGCUCUCGCUCUCGGCGAUCUCGUAGUCACACACAUAGAAAUAAUUAUCGGCUACAUUCAAAUCGUAGCUCAAGAAGCACUCGCAGUCACAGAAAGGGUGAAGAACCAAUGGCUCCGUUUCAGACAUCAGUAACACUUAGUGAAGAAAAUAGAGAUGGUCAAGAAGUUAUUGAAGUGCAAAUUCUGCCUCAGGAUGAUAACUGGGGAGAAAAUACCACUGCUGUUACUGGCAAUACUUCAGAACAAUCAGAUGCAGAAGAUAUGGGCAUGAGUGGUCAGUGGAUUGGUGAACCAGACACAGGAAUUAGUUUUGUAUGUCAACGGUAUUUAGGGUCAGUUCUCACUGGUGUAUUGUCAGUGGCUGCUUUUGUAUCACCCUUAGCCAUGGUAGUGCUCCCUAAACUGGGAUUCUUUCCAGUCCUUACACCAGGAUCUCAAUUGCUGGCUUGCGGAGCAGAAUGUAAAGGCUUGUUGGUGUCACUAGCAUUUAAACUAGUUCUGUUGGCUGCUGGUUCAUGGGCUGUGUUUCUCCGCCGUCCUCGCGCAACAAUGCCCCGAAUUUUUCUCUUUCGUGCUACCGUUUUGGUCCUGGUACUUGUAUGCACAUUUGCCUAUUGGCUGUUUUAUGUAGUUCAAGUAACAGAGGGUGCUCUUGCAUCAACUACUGGAGGGGAAGCUGUGCAAUACAAAGGACUAGUUUCAUAUGCAUCAAGUUUAACAGAUACUCUUCUGUUUAUUCAUUAUUUAGCUGUAGUCCUUGUAGAAAUAAGACACCUGCAGCCAACAUACUAUGUAAAGAUUGUGCGAAGUCCAGAUGGUGAGAGUCGAGCAUAUGCAAUUGGACAGCUUAGUAUCCAGCGAGCUGCUGUAUGGAUUCUUGAACAUUAUUACACAGAAUUCCCAAUUUACAAUCCAUAUCUUGAGCGUAUUCCAGUUUCAAAAUCACGCAAAGGAGGCUCCAGUUUUAAAUUUUAUGAUGUAGAUGGCAUGAAUAACUCUUCUCUACAGCAAAGUCAGUCGAGAGCAAUGUUAGCAGCUCAUGCUCGAAGGAGAGAUUCAAGCCAUAAUGAGAGGUUUUAUGAAGAACAUGACUAUGAGAGACGUGUGAAAAAGCGAAGAGCUCGUUUAAUAACGGCCGCAGAAGAAGCAUUUACACACAUAAAACGUCUUCAUGGAGAUCAAGGAAUUUCUUGCAGCUCUGCAGUUCCAGCAAUACCAAUGGACCCUCAAGAGGCAGCACAAGCAGUUUUUCCAUCAAUGGCUCGUGCACUGCAAAAGUAUUUGCGGAUAACUCGACAACAACCUCGUCAUUCAGUGGAAUCAAUUCUUGCACACCUAGCUAGUUGUUUGAGCCAUGAUCUCACUCCUCGUGCCUUUCUUGAACCAUUUUUAGUGCCAGCCCCAGUAUUGCAGAAUGAAAAGGAACAGAGACCAGUGCAGACGUGGGCUCUUAUUUGCGAUGAAUUAUUGUCACGCCCUCUCAGCCACGGCACAAGCUUCCAAUUGCGUCAGAAUGAUGUCUCCUUGCUUUGUACUGUGCGUGCUCUACCUCAUUUUAAUGUGACUGAAGAAGUUGUUGAUCCAAAGUCCAACAAGUUUGUAUUGAGACUCAACUCGGAAACAUCUGUUUGACCUAAGCUUGGAGCAAGUGACUAUUGUUACAUUCAGUUUUAUACACACAAUGAUAAUUAACUGCUAUUGCAGUAUUGUAUGACAAGAUUUGCUCAAAUGGAAUACUCUGUGAGGGUUAUAUCUUGAUAUUUCAACGAGUGGGAAAUAUCAAAUGACAGAAGAAUCUCACUAUUUUUACUCAGUUUUAAUAUUUGAUAUUGCUUGGCAGUUUCUCAAAGAAAAUUGAAUUUUGUAUUAUUUGUACCUAUAAUAUUAUUAUUUUAUACUUGAAUUUGUUGUAGAAUGGACAAAUUAUCAUAUAAAACAUGAUAAAAUAAGGAAUUUACUCAUAUCACAAAAAUUCCUCCAAAUGGGCAGUUUUUGUGAUAAACCCACCUUGCAUUUAUUCAUGUACUUCUGUGUUUUCUGAAAACCAAAAUGUUCUUUGAAAGGAUACUUAGAACGACUUAAGUUAUUUUUUUGUAUUAUUUAUUGUGAAAGUAGUAUUUUAUAUUUUAAAUUCUUUCAUUUAUCAGAAUUUAAUGUUUUGUAUCUCCUAUGAAGUACUCAAAAUUGUCUAGGAAGGCCAAACCAUAAUAUUUUAUGAAUACAUAAAAAGUUUCUUGCUUCUACCUUUCACUUCUUUGUCGUUGACUUAUUUAUGUUCUCAACCAACCUAUGUUGUGACAAAGUGACUUCUCAAAAAUAUUUUUAAAACAUUGAAGAUAUUUAUGUAAAAAUGAUGUUAUAGUGAUGUAGUGUAAUUGAAAUUCUUUUUAUUAUUCCUUGAAGUAAACGUCUCAUAGUCAUGAAUUGGACCCGGAUUUUAGGAUUUGAUAAAUGUUAUUUUAGACUUUUUGUAAAGUUGAUUUAGUCCAUUUUAGAUUUUAAUCAUUUUUUUCUAAUCAGGCUAAACAAUAAUUGCAAUAAAUAAAUUUAAAUUAGUAUCUCACUUUAAUAUGGGUUAUUGUUAUGAAAAACCAGUAAAAUCCCAAAACAUCUGAAGUGAUGGUGUUUCUGUUAUCUCUCAACACACAAUUGAAACAAAAAAAUGUUCACUCAAUACAACAUGAAAUCAGUGGUUUGUACUUUAUACAUGCCACUGCUCUCAGCCUCCAAAAUAAUUCUCCAGAUAUUUCUUCUCCUAAAACAACUCCAUUUUAGUCUUUCAUAUCUGCAUAACCAGAUUACAUUGAAUUUUUGAGAGCUCUGACAAGAAGUCACCUAUUGUGAUACUGCAUUCCGCGGAACAGCUUAAAUAAUCUGUUCCUAAUCUGGGCCUAAUAUUGAAAUAUUUUCCAUAUUUCUUGCUUUGAAUUGUUAUUUCAUUUUCUUUUAUAUAAUAUUUGUAAAUAUUGAUUUGCUACUUUUUUCAGUAUUAUCUUUUUAAAAGAGUAGAGUGAAACUUGAAUUAGGAUGAUAUGUAAUGCUUUAAAGUAUAUUUUCUCAGAUAGUGCAAUAAAAUAAAAGAAACACUCUUGAUUAAGAGACUAAGACAUAAGAGUUGAAGAUGAGAAAUCAUUUUAUAGAAUUACUGAAUGUAAUUUCGAAGACUGAAAAUGCAUAAAAUUUUUAUGUAUUUUUUUUUCUAGCAUGAAUAUUUGUAAAUUUUUUAUAUACGGUAUUAAGUGUACAAAAGAUUGCACUUCAUUGAAUUAUAAUGCAAAUGUUUGAAAAAUAGUAUAUUGAAACUGCUUAUAAAUUAUUGCCAAUGUCCUCUUAAUCAAUGCUGCCAUUCUUGGGAACCCAUUGAUGAUUAUAUUUGUUUAGUAAAACUAAUUGAAUGAAAAUUGAUCAAACACAUGCUAAAUUCACAGUAUUGUUGUUGUUGUUAUUAUUAUUAUUAUUAUUAUUAUUAUUAUUGGAGGAUUUAAGUAUAGUUUUACAGCCAUAAAGACUAAGCAUUCUUAUUGAAAAAAAGAUCCCCUUUUCAAUGCAAGAAAGUAAAUAUGAAGAAGAAAUUUGUGUUAUUUAUUUUCAAAAGGCAAACAAAAAAUUAUUGAUUCACUAACAUAUUUUUUCCACAUUAUUUUACUUUUACAACACAUUAAGGAAGAUGAAAAAAAUUGGAUGGAGAAAUGUGUGUGAUAAAUUUUAUGCAUUUGCGAGUAAAAGAUAAAAGUGUGAAGUAGUCUUGCACUUCAAAAAAAUUCAAGUUUCACUUAAAAAAAAUAUAUGCCUUCAAGAUUUACAGUUAUGUGCCAAAGACAGCACAUCUUUGUUUGAGAGUUUUUAGUGCUCUACAUCACUAUUUCAGCAGUAUUGUGGUUGGCAACAUUAAUAAUUGUAAGUAAUAAGUAAUUUGGAUCAAAAUGAGGCUAAGAUGAAAUUUUAUUAAAAAUAAUUUUUCAUCUUUUUUGUGGUAAGGACAGGCAGGCUAAAUUAGCUUUGCAAGAGUCAAUUGUUUUAGUGCAUUUAAGAAUUUUUAAAUGUGUGAUUUUUGUAUUUCUCAGCAUGCAUAAUUUUUGUUAGAGAAUUUUGUUUAAUAACAUUGAAGUGGAGAAGAAAUGAAUUAUCUGAAAAAAUUAACAUUUUAAUAUUACAUCUCUAUUGUGUUUCAAUUUUAACCAUUGGGCAUAAUAUAGUCGUAUCAAAGUUCUACUCCACAUUUUUGUAAAACCUUUGUAAUGUGUAUUAGUUUAUGAAAACAAAUUUUAAAUGGCUCUUAUUUUCAAGAAAAAUUUCUUAAA